CUCAAGGCGCCACCUUCCAUGGUUAACACCGAGCAGCGCCAGCAUGCCGAGCACAUAUUCUUGUCAUUCAGGAAGUCAAAGUCACCGUUUGCCGUUUGCAAGCAUAUUUUGGUUCUUCAUGCUUUGGAAGUAACAGUUGAAGAGAGGUGAGGAAAGUUUGUGACAAUUGUGAUCGGUGACUAGCUGCCACCUGCCUGAGGUGUCUUCUGAGAGGAACUAACCUCUUUGUGGUGCUAGAGCAAGGUCACUGGAUAAAAAAGGAACAGAAACAAGUAAAGUGGACUAUGUCCUCUUCCAAGCUGCCACGGCCAUCAUGGAGGCCGUGGUCCGAGAGUGGAUUCUCCUGGAGAAGGGCAUUAUCGAGUCCCUACGCACCUUCCUCCUGAACUAUGUCCUGCAGAGGCCUCACCUCCAAAAGUAUGUUCGGGAACAGAUUCUAUUAGCAGUAGCAGUAAUUGUAAAACGAGGAUCAUUAGAUAAAUCAAUUGACUGCAAAAGCAUUUUUCAUGAAGUCAGCCAGUUGAUAAGUAGUGGCAACCCCACUGUGCAAACUUUGGCCUGUUCAAUUCUCACUGCACUGUUGAGUGAAUUCUCAAGUUCAAGUAAAACGAGCAACAUUGGACUGAGUAUGGAGUUCCAUGGCAACUGCAAAAGAGUUUUCCAGGAGGAAGACCUCCGCCAGAUCUUCCUGCUGACGGUGCAGGUGCUGCAGGAGUUCAGCCAGCGGGAGCACCUUAGCGCCCAGAUGUCGUCUGUGUUCCAGCGCUACCUCGCCCUGGCCAACCACGUCCUCAGCUGGAACUUCCUGCCUCCAAACCUGGGCAGACAUUAUAUAGCCAUGUUUGAGUCCUCACAGAACGUGCUCCUGAAGCCGACAGAGUCCUGGCGGGAGGCCCUUCUGAACAGCAAGGUCAUGGAGCUGUUCUUUACCGUACAUCGAAAGAUCAGAGAGGAUUCUGACAUGGCCCAGGACUCGCUGCAGUGCCUUGCGCAGUUGGCGUCCCUGCACGGGCCUGUCUUCCCUGAUGAGGGCGCUCAGGUGGACUACCUCUCCCACUUCAUCGAGGGCCUGUUGGGCACCAUCAACGGGAUCGAGAUAGAAGACUCUGAGGCUGUGGGCAUCUCCAGCAUCAUCAGCAACCUGAUCACCGUGUUCCCUCGCAAUGUGCUGACUGCCAUCCCCCGAGAGCUGUUCUCGUCCUUCGUCAACUGCCUAACGCACCUCACCUGCUCUUUCGGGCGCAGCGCUGCACUGGAGGAAGUGCUGGACAAAGACGACAUGGUGUACAUGGAGGCAUACGACAGGCUGCUGGAAUCCUGGCUGACGCUGGUACAAGACGACAAGCACUUCCAUAAAGGCUUUUUCACCCAGCACGCAGUCCAGGUGUUCAAUUCCUACAUUCAGUGCCACCUCGCUGCACCCGAUGGCACAAGGAAUCUGACUGCCAACGGAGUGGCCUCUCGGGAGGAAGAAGAGAUCAGUGAACUCCAGGAGGACGACCGAGACCAGUUUUCUGAUCAGCUAGCCAGUGUAGGAAUGCUAGGACGCAUUGCUGCAGAGCACUGUAUCCCUCUCCUGACAAGUCUGUUAGAGGAGAGAGUCACGCGGCUCCAUGGGCAGCUCCAGCGGCAGCAGCAGCAGCUCCUCGCCUCGCCCGCCUCAGGCUCCGCCGACAGCAAGACGUUAGACGACCUGUACGAGGACAUCCACUGGCUCAUUCUAGUUACAGGCUACCUCUUAGCUGAUGAUACUCAGGGAGAGACUCCGCUAAUACCUCCAGAAAUAAUGGAAUAUUCCAUUAAGCAUUCAUCUGAAGUUGACAUUAAUACAACACUUCAAAUUUUGGGAUCUCCAGGAGAAAAGGCUUCUUCCAUCCCAGGGUACAACAGAACAGAUUCUGUGAUUAGGCUGUUGUCUGCCGUCCUCAGAGUUUCAGAAGUUGAGUCUCGGGCAAUAAGGGCUCACCUCACACACCUGCUAAGCCCUCAGAUGGGCAAAGACAUUGUCUGGUUUCUAAAGCGUUGGGCAAAGACUUACCUCCUGGUGGAUGAGAAGCUGUACGAUCAGAUAAGUGUGCCGUUCAGCACAGCGUUUGGAGCAGACACAGAGGGCUCUCAGUGGAUUGUUGGCUACCUCUUAGAGAAGGUCCUGAAUAACCUCUCGGUGUGCAGCAGCGAGCAGGGCCUCGCGGAUGACACGGUUCAGCUGCUUGUCACGCUGGUGGAGAGAAGGGAGAGGGCAAACUUAGUCAUUCAGUGUGAAAACUGGUGGAACUUAGCCAAGCAGUUUGCAAGCCGAAGCCCACCUCUGAACUUCUUGUCCAGCCCUGUGCAGAGGACGCUGAUGAAGGCGCUUGUCUUGGGAGGGUUUGCACACAUGGACACAGAAACCAAGCAGCAGUACUGGACAGAGGUUCUUCAGCCGCUUCAGCAGCGGUUUUUGAGAGUGAUAAACCAGGAGAACUUCCCACAGACAUGCCAGCAGGAGGAGGUGAAGCAGGAGAUCACGGCCACGCUGGAGGCCCUGUGCGGCAUUGCUGAGGCCACCCAGGUGGACAAUGUGGCCAUCCUUUUUAACUUUCUUAUGGACUUCCUUACCAAUUGCAUUGGGUUGAUGGAAGUUUACAAAAACACACCAGAGACAGUCAACCUCAUUAUAGAAGUUUUCGUUGAAGUUGCGCAUAAGCAGAUAUGCUAUCUUGGAGAGUCCAAAGCCAUGAACUUGUAUGAAGCCUGCCUCACUCUGCUGCAAGUGUAUUCAAAGAAUAACUUGGGGCGGCAGAGAAUCGAUGUCACAGCUGAGGAGGAGCAGUACCAGGACCUUCUGCUCAUCAUGGAGCUUCUGACCAACCUUCUGUCCAAAGAGUUCAUAGAUUUCAGCGACACAGAUGAAGUGUUCAGAGGUCAGGAGCCUGGGCCGGCAGCGAGCAGAUCUGUGUCGGCGGCGGACGUUGUGUUAUAUGGAGUGAACCUGAUCCUGCCUUUGAUGUCACAGGACCUCUUGAAGUUUCCAACUCUGUGUAAUCAAUACUACAAAUUAAUCACAUUUAUCUGUGAGAUUUUUCCUGAGAAAAUACCACAGCUUCCUGAAGAUCUUUUUAAAAGUCUGAUGUACUCGCUGGAACUAGGAAUGACAUCAAUGAGUUCGGAAGUUUGCCAGCUCUGCCUGGAAGCUUUGACUCCAUUAGCUGAGCAGUGUGCAAAAGCCCAGGAGACGGAUGCGCCCCUCUUCCUCGCCACGCGGCACUUCCUCAAGCUGGUGUUUGAUAUGCUGGUUUUGCAGAAGCACAGCACGGAGAUGACCACUGCGGCCGGCGAGGCCUUCUACACGCUGGUGUGCCUGCAUCAGGCAGAGUACUCUGAACUGGUGGAAACACUGCUGUCGAGUCAGCAAGACCCAGUCAUUUACCAGAGGCUAGCUGAUGCCUUCAACAAGUUGACCGCGAGCAGCACGCCCCCUGCGCUGGACCGGAAGCAGAAGAUGGCUUUCCUGAAGAGUUUAGAAGAGUUUAUGGCAAAUGUUGGUGGUCUCCUUUGUGUAAAAUAAACAACAGAGCUUUAUGCUGUACCAGACCCUUCCUGCGAAGUGCACUGAAUUGCUGAGAGUUGACUAGAGUCUUGUCCUGUUCAUCAAUCCCACAGCCGCUCGGACUCUGGAGAGCCUGCCAGCUCGGGGUGUGAUGCGGGGAGAGUCGGCUCAAAUCGGCGUCUGCUGUAGGCGUCAGCCGCCGUGCGGCGUAGGGCUUGUACUUUGUCAAAUGAAACUCAGUCUGUGUGCAAACACACGUGGGCACCAGGAAGUACAUCCCCAGUGCCUUUUCCCUCUUUGACAGAGCAUCAGGUGGCCACCAGCGUCCAGUCUUGUCAUUACAAACAGCUGGAUGUCUGCUCGGCCACUGGCUGUUGACGGCACAUCACCGAGGAGCUGGUUGAAAGGGUAGACCCUGGGGCCCAACCGUGGACCCUCAGAGUUUGUUUGUUGGACCCUGGAUUCUUCAUUUUAACAAGCUCCUCUCCUCUGCCACGCCGUAGCUGUCAAUCAGUGCGGGAGACACGAACGCUUCUAGCAAUGUGCCCUGCCCCCCCAACCCGGUCCGGUCCUUCCCUGGGAGGGGCAGGUGCUCCGACCAGAGAAGGGCACCAGGGUGGGUGUCUGUGGCCUCUUGUUACCCCCUGUCUGCUGGGUCACGGCAGCCUGACCACUGCAGGUCCUGUGAACCUGCUCUGAUGCCUGAACCAGAGGAGGGAAAUGUGUGUCUAUUUUUGUUCCAUAAAAAUAACUUUAGGAACUGUAGCCAUUUCAUUGCCUUAAUUUUCAGAAGAAAUUACAAAAAGGAGCAGAUUGUUUUAGUGAGAAAUCAAGUCUUGACGCUUCAGAGGUGGCUUAGGGUGUUGGCUGCUAUGAACCCAGGGCCCGUUCAAUUGUGUUUUUGUGGUUUUAUGGGUGAAAUGAAAGGCUCAUUCAUACCUAGUCUAACUUUCUGAGUACGUUUCUGUUUCUGUCCACCCUUGUGGCCCGUGGCUGAUACUCUGCUCUGAAUGGCUUGCUUAAGCAAUAACUCUUUUUAAGGAUGUGAAUUGCUGGUUCAUACAUACACUUAAACGUGGGGAUGGCAGAGCACUAAUCACCCUCAUUUCACAGAAGCCACAUGAACUUAAGAGGUUAAAAAGUUCACCUUGAUCUCCUUUGAUUUUUUUAAUCGGGAUUUGUGUACUGCAGGCGUGUGACCCUGGCCCCUGUGGGUCAGGACCCACAGCUCGGUCACAGAGGACGUGUGCGGUGCAGGGCCCUGUGCUCUGGUCAGUUACAGGCCCCCAGCCUAUGCAGGCACCACUGGACACAGAGCAAAGCCUCAGCUUUUUGUGGAAUGUUCUCUUACUCAAUCAUGGCUGGUUAACAACUGAGGUGGAACAGAAACAUCUCAGAAGACAUCUGGGGAAGCUGGUGUCCUCUUCCAGAAGUACACGUAUGACCACCUUCCUGAGACACUUGGGACAGUGCAUUUACUUUUAGUGUUCUCUUUCCUUCCCUUAGAGAACUUGACGUCAGAGGCAGCAGGAGUCACUCUGUUUCUGUUUGUGUUGUUCUGGUGUUUCAGUGUCCAAGUGUCCUCGGGCCCAGCAGUUGUGAUCUAAAUACAUCCCUGUCCCUCUGCCUAAGGGUGCCAAGAUGCAGCCGACCGGGCCAGUCCUCUGACUGUGACAAGACUGUACUCAAGUUGUUAUUAAAAAAAGAAAGAUAAGUGGAAAGGACUGCCUUGGUAAACAACAGGGCAUCUGGACAGAGAUGUCUUUGCUAAAUUUGCCCAUAUUCUGUCAUGAUACUGUGUUUUCAUUAGGAACCAGUCAGUUGAAAUGAGAGUUUCUUCAGCUUGGACCAAAUGGUACUGAAAGUAUCAUAAGACUGUGGGUUAGUGGCAGACUGGAAGGACCGGCCGCCACCAUGUCUGGGUGGUCGGAGCCAGGCUCUCUCCAGGCAUUUGUGUGUGUGUUUUCCUGGUUGGAUACCUGUUUAGCUUGGGUGUUGUGUUUUACUUUGCUAUGUUUGUUGGCUUCCCAGUUUUGGAGGGUUCUGUUGUUACGGUCUUGGCUGAGUGGGUGUGAAGAAUGCUGGCUUAAUUCUAGUUAAUUGAUUUUUACUGUUAAAACUGUUGUCAAAGGAGUUUUCAAAGCAAAAACAUUAUUUGUGCCCUGUUUUUAUACAUUCAAGGGACACCGUUGCGUAUUUGAGUUCCUACAUGAGUGUGUUUAUACUUUCUCUGGUUCACGGACGGCGUCCUUUCACCUCCGCUGUCAGCUCUCUUUCUCGGGUUUUAUUUUCCUCGGCCCUUCUGUGUCUGGAGGCGCAGUCCCCGCGGACUCUGUGUAUCUUUGCAGUGUGUAUUCCUGUGACAACCUCUGACAAGCGUUAGCAGCUCUGUGGGAAGGACUGGUCAGCGUGCAGGUUCUGUGUGCAGUCCUGGGCGGCUGGCUGCCUGGGGCACACCUGACAGCGUCUUUUCAACACUGAUUUGGGUCUUCAUGGGCUGGGAAAUCAUGGCAUAUUUCCAAACUUUGCAGUUUUUUUCAAACUAGUUUUAACAAUUUAGUCUUAUUUCCUUGUAAACAGUGUUUCUAACUAUAUUACAUUACUCUGUUCAGAGGAGGUGGUUACUACCUUUUUUUUUCCUUCACAGCUUGCAGUUCACAACCAAACAUCUUUCCCCCAGUCAGCUUUACUUAACUUCCCUUACUUUCUUUGGCUGGAUUUUCUCUUCUACCAAAAAUGUCAAGUCUUUGUAUUUCUGAUAUGACCAUAUUCUCCAUGUCUGUUAAUACUUGUAUAAAUCCCUCAAGUACUGAAGGAAAUGAGUUGUCAGUUUCAAGGAUUUCAAGUUUGAGUGUCUUAAUCUGAAGGGUCUGUUGCACCCUUAAAAUAUUAUUUUCAUAAUUUUACAUGUUUCUGUUUGUCACCUCUGCUGUUAGAGGUGUUGUCAUUAGAUCUUAGUAAUUAGCUGUCUCUGACAAUGAUUCUUGUUAUAAGUUCCUGAAUAAAAUAUUAACUGUUCAGAAGAAGAAACCUCAGUACUUCUUAGGGGUUUUUCAUAACCAGAGAAUAAGGAACCAAUUUGGAAUUUGAGUUCUUAAUAUUAUAAUUUUCUGUAAAUUUCUCUGUAAAACAGCAUAGGUGAUUUGAGGAUAUGAUAAUAAUGUUUUAAAUUAUUUUUAAAUGUAAGUGGAUAUUCUCUGACUUGGUAAUAACUAUGUUCUGAAAACACUGCAUCUAAGAACUCUUUAAAAAUUGAUACUCUAAAAUUUUAAAAUAUCCAACUUAGGUAUAUUGCUGAGCUGAAAUUAGUUUGAAGUGCUGUAGUUCAAAUUGAACUUUAAACAUUUUAAUUUAGAUGUAAGAAAUGUGACGUAUUCCUGAUCAAUUAUACUGGGAAUCCAUGACAUUUAGCCAAAGACUGUAUUUGGUUCAGGUAAAGAUGAAAGCCUAAUGAUGGGCAUCCUCUAUGUCCUGCAGAGGAUGGAUGACGUGAUCUGUUUCUUGUCUCCAGCUCUGUGCGCAUGAGUCUUUGUAAAGGUGGAUGCACGGUGACGGUGAGAUGUGGUCCGCAUGUCAGCCCCCGCGGCUCUCACCCCAAACCAACUAUGUCCCGCUUGCCCUCUGUGAUCUGCCCUUCACCUCGUCCCAGAGUUUCCAGCAUUGGAGAGCUUUUGGCCUUGGAUUUUCUUUUCAAUCUGUGUUCUUAGGCUCUCAGCUGUUAGGAGCGGUCAGAAUGUACUGAUGGCUGACUGUCCCAGCUUGACAUUCAGCAGUGCAUCUGCGCUCUGUACCUGAGGGGGGUGUGCCCACAGUGUCUCAAGCCAGGCUGCCUGGUGUGGUGUCAUCUGCCACGUAAGAUGGUGACAGAUUGCAAAUACUGGUAUUGUGAUUUGGUUCUCUGUACAAAGGAAAAAGCUCCAUGCAGUGAGCUUUUUGGCUUCAUUUCUGGUUUAAUGGUCACAAAAUGUUAGCACUGCUACCAUUCAGCAUGUGUAAAAUUUUUUAAAUUUAUAAAUAUUAAAAUUUUAAACUUAUACUGACUUUUCAGUUUUUUUAAGAGACCCAGGGAUGAGUAUACUGUUUAAAUAUUCACCUCUAUUAACAUUAUUAAUAAAGAUAUAAAGUUGCAUUUAAUUUUUCAAAAGAUGCUAUAGUACAAUUCUAGGAAUUAAAUCAAGGCUGUGUAUUGAGCCAGUUAUAAGCUGAAUAUCAAAUUGAUAAAAUUUUAUUUGUAUUUUUAAAUUCAUAAAUGGGAGUUAAAAUGUCUUCACUAAAUAUUUUUAUUACAUUUUUGUUUUGAUCAUGUGUGAUUUGUUCAUGGGAGUUUAGCUAGACUACCAUAUGAAACUUACGGAAUGGUGCUACUUCAUUGACCAGCCAAGCUGAGGAUGACUGACACUGGGGACAUUAAAGAGUCAAAAUAAUUUUAAAUAAAAACCAUGAGGACGUAUCUGCACAGUUAAAAAUAGGGAGUUGCAUUACCUUCUGGGAGAAUACCCAACCCUAAUAUUAAUAGAAUGUCCAGGAUUCAAAGAGAAAAUCAGAAUUUCAUUUAUAUUCUGUUGUACUGAGUAGAUGUGUUUUUAUCUCAGCUCACACUUUUAGAAAGAAUUUCAGAGUUAUUAGUUAAAUCACUGGAGUGGAGGCAUAUUUGUAGUAAGUGUAGUUGGAUCAUUGUUCUUGACUUUUCAGGGAAGAUGGAAAAGUACCAUCUGCUGGGUGUUAGGUGGACUUUCUUUUUUACCUAAUCCUAAAUCUUGUAGACAUAUUCAGUGAAAGGUAAAGUUUUUAUUUUAAACUUGAUAUUGCUUUGAAUGUUUGUUGAUUUCUUAGGUUAUGUUGAGAUUUAAUUCUACUCCAAGGAUGGAUAAAGAAACAUUAGGCUGUUUAGGAAUUCAGUGGAGUUCUUUCAUUCUGAAGGGGGGGGCCUUAACCUGUGUACAUCACCUGGCAUUUGAGGGAGCUGUAGAUGGUCUUAGAGGCCACGAAUGUAAAAGUCUGGUGUUGUUUCUUAGAUACCAUCUUUAAAAUCCUAGUGCUCUCUUAAAGUACUAUGUGUUUAUAGUGUGUGGUUUAUGAAUGAUGACUUUGGUGAAUUAAUUAGAUUAUGAAACAUUUUUGUAUGUUUCUUAAACAUAAGAUCCCAGAUUGGGUCCUGUGCAUUUUCUGUAAUCUCAAGUGGUAAUUCUUUUAAAACUUAAGUGGAAGCAAAGGGCGUAUUUGGUGAUACCAAGGAAAAAAUCUUUUGCUUGGAAACACCAUACAAUACCAAUGGCAGCAAGCACUGUCAUUUCUAGCACAUAAGUCAACAUCCUGCUGAACUCUUUCAGUGUAAAUUAUUUUUAACAUCUAGCAAGAGAAUGAACUGUGAUUAAGUCACUGAUGCUUCUCAGAGCUGAUAAAUGAAAAAAAAAAAAAAAAAAAAAACCUGAAGGAAAGACAGAUUUUUGUUUGUUCGUUUGUUUUUUAUAUGUUGUGGUCUUGCUGUGGAGCAUGUGGGAUUGGAGCCUCGCCCCUGCUUUGGAAGCACAGUCGACCUCUGGACUGCCCGGGAAGUCCUGCAGAGAGUUUAAAACAGGGACGUGCUAAAUACUUUUAUUCCUGUGGUAGUUAGCAGUUUUAAGUUUUGGUAGUGUUCACUCUUGAUUGCUUUGCCAGGUCAGUUUUCAGAUACUCCUCUCAGUAAGCCCUGCCUCUUGGGCUGCAGUUUUGUUUGCACAACUGCUUGUAACUGCAGUGCCCGGGGUGGUCCUUUCUCAGGACUGACCUGGCGAAGCUGUUGGGACUGGCAGAGUACAGGCUGGAGACACAGACUCAGUCUCUGACUAAGCUUCUUAGGGUUUUCAUUGAUCACAGGUCUGUCGUGUAUCACAGGGCCACACAAAGGGAGUAAUUCCUGAAUUGAGGUUGAUUUGAACGUAUCUUUCUAGUCCAGUUUACUUGACGAGUAGCUUCCCUUUAUUUAUUUAUUGGCCACAUGGCUUGUGGGAUCUCAGUUCCCUGACUAGAGAUUGAACCCACGGCCUCAGCAGUGAAAGCGCUGCAUCCUGAUCACUGGGCUGCCAAGGGAAUUCCUGCAAUUUCUUUCCCCUUUGUUUCAAUGAUAAUAAAAUUGCCUCUUGGUAUCUUAAAUUUUUUUUUAUGAUUUGCAAAAGCUUUUAAAUUACAAUGCAAGCGUUUCAGCUGGAAGAGUUUAAUCUUAAUGUAUGUAUUAUGUGACACGCUGUCUUAGCAGUCAGCACUGUUGGUGGAGGUGAAACUAUCUGAACUUCUGACAACUGUGGUCACUUUAAUUAUAAAAAUAACAGUAAUACACAUUAAAUGGCAGAUAACUAUUGUCUCAUGGUGAAAGCAGUUGAAACUUUGAAAGCUUAAAAUAUUAUAGAUCUGUUUAAUCCAAAAAUAACUUGCUUUAACAUAAAUAAGCCUUUCUGCUGAAUAAGCCAAGGCAGUGUGUCCUAUGUAUGGAACACUACUACCUCUGUAAAAAAUAUACUGCCAUAAAAGUC